AUGUCAAGAUAUACACGAAUAUUUGAUAUAUUUAUUGGAAAAACAUCUGAUGGUGAUAAAGUUGAAACAUUCAUCAGUGAUGGUAAACAAUCACCACUUCUAUCAAAAAAUGAUGCUAUGUAUCGUAGUCUUAUUCAUCAACAACAAAUAACCAUAUUAAAUCCUUCGAUUUUAUCUAUAUUAUCAACAGUUGAAUCUAAAGUUUAUUCUUAA